GAGACGAGGGGGUGCGUGGGGAAAUAUGGCCGCCGUAGCCCCUUCGGAGACUCUCGAACGACAGGAAUCCGCAGCGGACGAGGCGGUCACAUCUGGAGAGGGUGACGACGGGGUGAGGUCGCCAUGCGGUCGCGACCAGGCGGCGGAAGCUGCGGGGAAGGAGCGCGCGGACUCGGCGAGCCCGGAUGGUGAACGGGGAGCGGAAACGGGCGACAACGGCGGCGAUCUUUCCAGCCCGUCUGGGGUCGAGUCCGGUGCUGGAGCCCUCAAAACAACAUGGAAUUCACCGGAGGACCUGACGUCGGCCCAAAAAAUGGCCGAGCCUCCGGAGGCCAGCGAGGAGCGGGACUUCGACUGGUCGGAACCUGAAGACGGCGCGGUGCAAACAAACGAGGGGGAAAAUGACAAGUGUGAUGCGAAGCAGCAGGAACCUGUUCUCGAAGCUGCAGCUGGGGGCGAGGAAACACCAGCGGAGAAAGAGGAGGAGGACUCGGUGGCCAAGCCCAAGAAGUGCUCCAUCUUUUGUAAAGAGUGUGGGAAGUAUUUCAACCAGCGCGAGACCUACAACCUUCACCGGCACUUCCACACCUGUGAGAACGAGCUGACCGUCCUCACCUGUAAAGAAUGUGGCCUGACCUUCCAGCAGCGCAGCAGCUUCGUCAAACACAGGAAUGAACACAAGGAGAAAGAGGCCAAAGCGGAGGAGAGUGUUUUCCAGUGCGCGGGGUGCGACAGGUUCUUCUCCAAUCUAAACAAGCUCAGAAGCCACACGUGCGACUCGGCGUCGGAGAAACCAUACCACUGCCCCCUGUGCCACCAGCAGUUCCAGUUCAAGGUGUCCGUCAACAAACACAUGAUGAUUCACUCGCAGGAGGGCGUCUUUAAAUGCGCCGAGUGCAACCACACCUUCCCCGACCCGCUGUCGCUGCGCGUCCACCAGCGAUGUCACGGCGCGCUCAAGCCCUACGAAUGCCCGGAUUGCGGCAUGGUUUUUAAACACUACUCCCUCAUGGAAUACCACCGCCGCAGACACGUGGACAACACUCGCUCUCACCUGUGCAACAUCUGCGGCAAGUCCUUCAAAUACAGCAGCCUCCUCCAUCAGCAUCAGUACCUGCACACGGGACAGAAGCCAUUUCGCUGCCCGGAAUGUGGCAAGAAGUUUGCUUUCGCGCAGAACAUGAAGGCUCACUGUCGGCAGCACAGACUGCAGCGCAACAACCCCUCCCUGUCAGUUGAGCUCCCGCCGAAGCCGGCGCCGCUUCCCGAGGCCGUCCGGGGAAAGGAGAACGCAGUCCAGAGGGAGGAGGUGAAGCGCACAUUCAACUGCCCUCUUUGUCCUCAGACGUACUCCGCUCCGGCUGAACUCAGAACCCACAUGCGUUUGCAUGAAGCGGAGUACGAGUCCAUGGAGAGGCGGCAGAAUAUCCCGAAAGACCCAGAGACGUACUGGGAGAAAGGACACACCUGCACUUACUGCCCCAGUACUUUUCGCGAUGAAAUCAGUCUCAAAGCGCAUAUAAAAAGUGCCCACAAACAAGCACCGUACUCGGACUCGACGACGGCUGCCGCUCCGGCCGUUCACAAACAGCUCACUCUGUUAAGUCCCGAAAAUGUUCAGCCAAAGUGGAAAAGUGACGGAAUAGUUGCCAAAUCUUUCAAGUGUCCUGAGUGUGAGAAAUCAUUCCGCCACCGCUCCGUUCUGGAGCUGCACAUGCGUAUACAUUCCAAGGACAAGCCUUAUCAGUGUAAAGUUUGCGGUAAAGCCUUUCGAUUUGGCAGCUACCUGCAGCAGCAUCUCAUCAUCCACACGGGCAAGAAGCCCUACAAGUGUCCGGACUGCGGGAAGGAUUUUGCUUUCCUGCAGAACAUGAAGACGCAUCAGAAGCUCCACCAAGAAAAACCCUUCCGUUGCACCAGCUGCAGAAAAGGCUACAGCGACGAGACCCAGCUGCAGCAGCACAUGCUCUCACACAACGGGGACAAGCCUCACAAGUGUGACCUUUGUGAUAAGAGCUUCGGCUUGGCCUAUCUUCUGCGCGACCACAUGAACACGCACACAGGGGACAGACCGCAUCGCUGUGAUGAGUGUCACAAAAGCUUUUCUUGGUUCAGCAGCCUGCUAGUUCACCAAAAGAUUCACGCACGCAAGCGACAGAGUUCAGGUCUGUUCGCCCCGUUCCCCGAGGGCUCCAGGGUGCGGGGCCGGGGGGUUCGAGGGAGGAGGGGAGGGAGGCACAUGUGGGGCCUGACGCGACCUUUAGGAGAGCUGGGUCUGAUCAGCUCGCCACCAGCUCAGUAUUCGGUUCCCACCAUGAGGGACAUUGAGAUGCACAGACGCGCCGCACAACAGCCGCAGCCUUCGCUUGUGCCAUCGCAGCCAGACUUGCAGGUCCGGUCCCACAAGGACUCCUCGGCUCGGUGGAAGGUGGAAGGCGGGGAGCAGCCGCACGUCUCCACACAACCCAUCAUCUUCGACGGCGCUGCACAGUCAGGCCUGCAGCUGCAGAUCAGGAUACCUCAACACAGCUUCUCUUCUUCUCACGCCUCAGAAAAGCCCACCGUGAAUAAGAGUCCACCUUCAGUCGUCAACUCCCAUCCUUCUGGUCUGCCCAUUAAAUCCAGCCCGUCGGUACUGGGAGAGCUGGAGCAGCAGCGGCUGGGCCGCUCGGUCACGUGGACUAGUGCCAUCGCCUCAGCCGCCUCUGUUAGCUCCCUCCCUCAUGAGUUUACUGUCCCUUCCUCGUUCAUCGAUGGUGCGGCGCUGUGGAGCGUCAGGCCUUCGCCUCUCCCCAACUCUCAGAGUUCUCCCAACAAGCCUGCUCAAGAGCUGCUGCCCAUGUGGCCUGGCUCUCAGGCCUCAAAGAAGAAAGAGCUUUCCACACCUUCCAAAAAGGAAGAGAACCGGCUGUGGGACGUGACCCAUCCUCCAGCGUCGACUGUUAGCCAGGCAGAGAAGCCCUGGAACGGCUGCGACCCCCAGAAGCCGUGGGCUUCAGGCUUGGUGUCCACCACCACGCAAAUAGACCAAAGCAGUCCUUUGCCAAUCUCCACUUCUGUGUCCCACAGGGUCGGUAGCCCCCUGUGGGACCUCCAGACAGCCCCAGGGAUUUCAAAGAGCAUCACCUCCCCAGAAAAACUGAUCAACAGCAAGGAGUUCCAGCUCCAGCAAAAGCAGGUGUCGGCGGGCUGGAGUCAGCCGGCGACUCAGAAGGUCUCCAUCUCCAUACCGUUCGAACCUCACCGCUUUGCUCAGGGGAUGGGAACGCCCGUGUGGAGCUUCCAGAAUAAUCCCGUCAGUCCACAGUCGCUACUGGGUGGCUCGCUGAAGCCAGGCAGCGGGCAGGAGCAGCAGCCGCCGCCCAUGGUGACCGCCGCACAGAUACUCAUCAACCAGCCGCCUCCCUUCUUCUCCCCCGCGCUCGCCCCGCUGGCCUCUCUGGCCAUGCCUCAUUCGCUUCACUCUGUGGCGCUUCCAAGAGCCCCGCAUCCCAACAUCUUCUUCUCCCCGCAGGCUGUCAUCACCGACCGCUCUCACCUGGCCCAGCCCCUGUCCCUACCUCAGCUUCCCCCUCGAAACGAACCGCACAAACUGGGAGCCCGUUUGCCUUUCCCCCCGGAGCGGCUCCUCCAGUGCAUGAUCUGCGGCUGCUCUCUUCCUCGGGAGCUGGAUCUUCAAAUGCAUUACCUGCAACAUGCACAAGGAGAGAUUUGACCCAAACUCCCUGAAGGUCACGUUCAGUGUCAUCUUCCAGUCCGUCGCUCCGAGGUUGUUUGGGGUUUUUUUAUGCUUUGAGGCAUUUGAACGACACUUGAAGAGGUUGCAAACAUAGCGGAAUGUUUCUCUUGUUUUACUGUAUAACUUAAAUAUACUGUUACGUGGAAUAGAGCGUGUGCCUUUUGAAUUCUUUUAACGCUUUUAAAUGCGUUUAAAUUAUAAUAACUUGUUUGAGUAACAAUACAGUGGGUUUUCGGAGCCCACGUCUUGUCCUUUGCCAAUAAUACUUUUAGGUUUUUAGAGAAUUCCAGUACUCGUUCUUUUCACUUAUAAACCAUAGAAACUGUGUCUAUGUACAGUAACUGUGCCUUUUUUAUGAGUACAGUCUGCAUGUCUGCUGUCUUGAUAUCCUAGACCUAGUGUGUGCUGAGGGUCGUCCAAACAAUGUGACCUCAAGAUCAGUUACAGUCACCAAAUCUCAGAAACACUAAUGUAAGCUCCAGCUCCUCGGACACGAGGAGACAAAUUGGUUGAUUCCAAAUAUGUUGUAUAUCUCGUAGAUACGUUUAUCAUCGGUGUGUGUGUUUGCUCCAAUUUGAAGUGAGAAUUGAAAUCCAUAGCACAAUGCCAAUCUAAGAUGGAGCCCAGUGGGAGGGUUUAUAGCACUACGACGCACUGUGAUGCAUAGAAGAAGA